UAUAACUCGAUGUAUCAUAUUGAACAAAGCAAAAUGACAACAAAGAGACGCUUAUGUCGUAGACAUUAGAUACCACCAUUUUAUGUAUUCGUAUAUUUGAGUAUAGCUGAGUGUAUGCUAGUCGCGAUAAUAGUUGUAUUGUUAUACUCAGAAAAAUCAGUUUAUAAUGUUACAUACCUUUAUCAUUACUCCAUGGAGGAGGAUUAUAAAGAGUCAUUCUGAAAAUAAAGUUUUUAUUGUUAUAGAGUAUCCACACUUCAUACAGAUACAUCAAGUUGCAUCAAUUAUGGUAUUUGGAAUACUUUAUCCUGGAUAUAUGUCAUACAAAGUACUAAAAACAAAGCGAUCAACCAAUUAUGGAAUUUGGUUAAUGUAUUGGGUCACUUUUUCAAUGUUCACAUCAGCUGAAACAGUAACAGAUAUUUUCAUUGGACCCUGGCUGCCAUUUUACAAUGAGGUGAAGUUGUUUUUACUUUAUAUGACUUACCCAACUUCAGACAGCUCACUUACUUAUGUUUAUAAAAAUAUUAUAAGCCCUUUCAUAAAACGUCAUGAAAAGGAUAUUGAUAAACAAAUUAAUCACUUCAAACGCGGUGGGCUUCAAACAUUGAUGUCAACCGGAAAAAAGUGUACAGAUAUGAUGAUGACAAUGAUUUUUAAAGUUCUUCAAAACAAUGGGUUUCCAGUUGGUCACUUCAUAAAUCACAGUAUGCACUUGCAUACAAACGUGAACCCUACUUUAACAAUCGAACAAACUGAUGGAAAUGGUAUUUUAUGGGACGAGACUAUGGAUAGUUCGGAAAAUGAAGAGACCUUAGAAGAGGCUUUAAAACCAUUACCACAAGAUGAAGAACGAGAUUAUUCUUUCUCUGAUAUGUACACAACACGACAAGAUGAAAAUCCAGUGGUAGUACAGGGGCCACCGUCUUCAAACACCAGACGAAGAAAAAAAACCCGCUAAUUGAGUUUUUUUGUAUUUAUGUUUUAUGGCAUAUACUCCAUUUUUUUUAUAUCAUAAAACUAUAUCAUACUUCCUACUAAAAGACUUCUUAAGUUUUAGAUUUUUUUAUUACAUUUCCU